AUGGUGAACCUGAGGAAAGCGGUGCAUUCGUUCCUUGUGCACCUCAUUGGCCUACUGGUUUGGCAAUUUGAUAUUUCUGUGAGCCCUGUUGCAGCUCUAGUAACUGACAUUUUCAAUACCUCCGAUGGUGGACGCUUCAAAUUCCCAGACGGGGUACAAAACUGGCCAGCACUUUCCAUCGUCAUAAUAAUCAUCUUGACGAUAGGUGGCAACAUUCUCGUUAUCAUGGCAGUAAGCUUGGAAAAGAAACUGCACAAUGCCACCAAUUACUUCUUAAUGUCCCUAGCCAUUGCUGAUAUGCUAGUGGGACUACUUGUCAUGCCGUUGUCUCUGCUGGCAAUCCUUUAUGAUUAUGUCUGGCCACUACCUAGGUAUUUGUGCCCCGUCUGGAUUUCUUUGGAUGUUUUAUUUUCAACAGCGUCCAUCAUGCACCUCUGUGCUAUCUCGCUGGAUCGGUAUGUAGCAAUACGUAAUCCUAUUGAGCAUAGCCGUUUCAAUUCGCGGACUAAGGCCAUCAUGAAGAUUGCUAUUGUUUGGGCAAUUUCUAUAGGGGUAUCAGUUCCUAUCCCAGUGAUCGGACUGAGAGACGAAGAGAAAGUGUUCGUCAACAACACGACCUGCGUGCUGAACGACCCAAACUUCGUCCUUAUCGGGUCCUUCGUCGCCUUCUUCAUCCCGUUGACGAUCAUGGUGAUUACGUAUUGCCUGACGAUCCACGUCCUCCGCCGCCAAGCCCUGAUGUUACUGCACGGCCACGUCGAGGAACCGCCCGGAAUAAGCCUGGACUGUCUCAAGUGCUGCAAGAGGAACCCCCCCGAGGAAGAGAGCGCUCCCAACCCCAACCAGGACCCGAACCCGCGCCGCAGGAAGAAGAAAGAGCGCCGUCCCCGGGGCACCAUGCAAGCCAUCAACAACGAACGGAAAGCGUCGAAAGUCCUUGGCAUUGUUUUCUUUGUGUUUCUGGUCAUGUGGUGCCCGUUCUUCAUCACCAAUAUUCUGUCGGUUCUGUGUGGGAAGGCCUGUAAUCAGAAGCUCAUGGAGAAGCUUCUGAAUGUGUUUGUCUGGAUUGGCUAUGUGUGUUCGGGCAUUAAUCCUCUGGUGUACACGCUUUUCAACAAAAUUUACCGAAGGGCUUUCUCUAACUAUUUGCGCUGCAAUUAUAAGGCAGAGAAGAAGCCUCCGGUCAGACAGAUCCCGAGGGUCGCGGCCACUGCUUUGUCUGGGAGGGAGCUUAACGUUAACAUUUACCGGCACACCAACGAACCGGUGGUUAAGAAAGCGGAUGAUCGGGAGCCCGGUAUAGAGAUGCAGGUAGAGAACUUGGAGCUGCCGGUUAACUCCUCCAAUGUGAUUAGUGAAAGGAUCAGCAGUGUGUGA